CACCCCCGAGCCGGGCGAGGCAAGUUCCGAGGCACCUGGCCUGGCUGGGUUUCGGCGGCCGCAGUCGCCUCGCGGCGGGACAGGAACGUGCCCACUCCCUCCCUCGGUCCAGGAGAGCAGGUGCUGCACGUUGAUUAAACCGAGAGUCUCCGGUCGGGGGCAGAGUUUGAAGGCGGACUCAGGCAGCAGAAGUGGCAGAGGCCUAGAGCCUUCCGUGUGGGGGACCAGGGAGGUGAAGGUGCAGCGCCCAACCGGGCGUUGAAGGAGGGACAGUAUUUGGGCGCAGGUGUGAGGAGCAGCUGCUGAGCUCUUGGACACAAUUACAGGCCUGUCUGCAGAGAUUUGGAAAAUGGCAACAAAUGAAAGUGUCAGCAUCUUUAGUUCGGCAUCCUUGGCUGUGGAGUAUGUAGAUUCACUUUUACCUGAGAAUCCUCUGCAAGAGCCAUUUAAAAAUGCUUGGAACUAUAUGUUGGACAAUUACACCAAGUUCCAGAUUGCAACGUGGGGGUCUCUUAUAGUUCAUGAAUUCAUUUAUUUCUUGUUCUGUUUACCUGGAUUCUUAUUUCAAUUUAUACCUUACAUGAAAAAGUAUAAAAUUCAAAAGGAUAAACCAGAAACAUGGGAAGGCCAAUGGAAAUGUUUUAAAGUACUUCUCUUUAAUCACUUUUGUAUCCAGCUGCCAUUGAUUUGUGGAACCUAUUAUUUUACAGAGUAUUUCAAUAUUCCUUAUGAUUGGGAAAGAAUGCCAAGAUGGUGUAUGCUGUUGGCAAGGUGCUUUGGCUGUGCCGUCAUUGAGGAUACAUGGCACUAUUUCCUGCACAGACUCCUGCACCACAAAAGAAUAUAUAAGUAUAUUCAUAAAAUUCAUCACGAGUUUCAGGCUCCAUUUGGGAUGGAAGCUGAAUAUGCACAUCCUUUGGAAACUCUGAUUCUUGGAACUGGAUUUUUCAUUGGAAUCAUACUUUUGUGUGAUCAUGUAAUUCUUCUCUGGGCGUGGGUGACCGUGCGUUUGAUGGAAACUAUUGAUGUCCACAGCGGCUACGACAUCCCCCUCAACCCCCUGCACCUCAUCCCUUUCUACGCCGGCUCACGGCACCACGACUUCCACCACAUGAACUUCGUCGGGAACUACGCGUCCACCUUUACCUGGUGGGACAGACUUUUUGGAACAGAUGCUCAGUUUAAUGCCUAUAAUGAAAAGAUGAAGAAGUUUGAGAAAAAGAUGGAAUAAAUACUCAUGUAAACCUUCCUGAAGAUACAAAUUUUCCUAAAGUGAAGCUGGCAGCUCACGCAGCUUCUGGGGAGUAUGUCUUGGCUACUAAGUGAUACAGAGAACAUUAACCACCUUUAAUUAUCUUCCUAGUGGGAACUUUUUCUACUUUACAUACAAGUUCUGUAUAUGUAGAAAUAAAUCAGUGUAUAUUGAAGUAGUGUUUUCCUGAGGAAGUCUGAAAGGCUGUGUUGGUAAGCUCACAAAAACGUUUUAAGUAAUGGAAAAAGUAUUCUGUGAUUUUCCCCCAGUGAUACUGAAGUUCACAUAGGUCUUUGGAUCUUUAGAUACAUACUGGUGAUUUCAGAAAAGUCUUAAUAGUGAUGUUGGCAUAUCUUUAACUUUAAACCUUUUUAAGAAUUUGCCUGAAGAUCAAAGAGUCGUGGAUGGAACCGCGUUGGCUGGUGCAUGAGCGGCCGGGCUGCUGCGUCAGGAGCUGCCCCCCCCCCCCCCCCCCCCCCCGGGAGCCCUGCCCGGUGCAGAGCCCGCAGCCAGGUGACCUGUCCUCUGAAGUCCUCCGUGACGCAUUUAGCACAAAGCAUUUCCUGACUAACGAGAGUGGAAUAUUUUAGUCUAAAGGUUUUUCAGGUUAUUUGAAUUUUUUAAAAAAUUAAGGAGCUUUAUUUCUGCUAUUUACCCUUUCAUUUUUGUGUAUCAAGUUUUCGUUCACCUAAAGCUGUAUCUUGAAACUCUGAACUGACUCGCUGUAUUUGCACUUUGAGCUAUUGAAAUAAAUGUGAUUUUUGUCUGAU